UUCAGAAAAAAAGUAGUCUCUCUCACUCGUCGCAAAGAACACUCUUGCAAGUGAAUUUUCGCUUAUCAAUAAAAUUGUUCCGUUUUUCGAUUCCUCUUCCGUCGUCGCGAAAGUCUAAUCUUGUGUUUUUUUUUCCACUUGCGGCCCGUUCCCAAUAAUAAAUAAUUAAAGUUGAUUGCGUUAUAUAAUCGGGACAACGAUGUGUAGCAAUUUGAACUGAAAUUCAAUCCCAGUUCGAACAUUGAUCCACGAGAAGGAAAGAGCUGGCUGGAUGGCGUUCCGCCAAUGACGACGAUUCAUCAUUAGUGGAAUUUUUAUGAGCUGGAAAAGAAUCUAGGUAGUGCCGAGCAAAGUGUUUGUUUCGUUGCUCCGAUUCGUUAUCAUUCGACCAGAAGUAGAAUCCAGAAGUCUCACUAUUUGAAAGAGCAAAAUAUUUUGUUGGUACAGUAAUGAGUGUGCGAGAUAUCGAUAUCUAAAUUACAUAAAAUAUAUGGAAAAAAGGGGAAGGCGAUUUACUCCCAUAUGCAGGCGAUGAAAUAGGCCCCUUCCAUCCUCCUGCUGCAUACCCUCCGGAACUUCAACCCGUGACUUGUCCGGUUUGCAAUUUUUGACAGCUCUCGUACGUACGUUGUUGUCGCUGGUGGAGAGAACUGCAGCAGUGAUCAGACCGACUAGACAGACAGUCAGCGGAGUUUAUGAUUCAGUGAUUAGUGAAAGAAUUAAGUCGCAUGAACUAACAGAUUGGAAGAGUGUGUGAGAAAGGAAACUCAGUUGCUGAUCUGGAUUGUUUGUGAAAUAGACACCGGGAAAACAUCAAAAGAAAGAGGUCACACACUGCUGUUAGCGACGUUUCUCUCUCGAUCAAUUGGAUUACCACGAAUAUCAUUCGGAUUAGCAAGCAGUAGCACACGGAGUUGCAGCUACAUUAACAAAGAUGAAUUUCCUCCGGUUUGGUCAAUCGGCGGACAUUGACAUUGUGUUCGAUGGGGCAGAAAACCGGCAACACGCAGACAUUAAAACCGAAGACGGAAAAAAGGAAAAAUAUCUCCUGUACUACGAUGGUGAAACAGUUAGUGGAAAGGUUAACAUCACACUGAAAAAACCGGGCAGUAAAUUGGAACAUCAGGGCAUCAAAGUGGAACUCAUUGGACAAAUCGAGCUGUACUACGAUCGUGGAAAUCAUCAUGACUUCCUCAGUUUGGUUCGAGAACUUGCACGCCCGGGUGAUCUCAUUCAAAACACGUCCUAUCCGUUCGAGUUUGCCAACGUGGAGAAACCCUACGAAGUCUAUGUUGGUUCAAAUGUUCGUUUAAGGUAUUUCCUACGAGUAACGAUCGUACGCCGUUUGAGUGACGUCAUCCGCGAGGUGGACAUUGCCGUACACACGCUGUCCAGCUACCCUGACACCAACAGCCCAAUCAAGAUGGAAGUCGGUAUCGAGGAUUGCCUGCACAUAGAAUUCGAAUACAACAAGAGCAAAUAUCAUCUACGCGACGUGAUUGUGGGUAAAAUAUAUUUCCUCUUGGUGCGCAUCAAAAUCAAACACAUGGAGAUCGCCAUUAUUAAACGAGAACAGACCGGAUCGGGUCCCAACAUAUUUACGGAAAACGAAAUCAUUGCCAAGUACGAAAUUAUGGACGGUUCACCGGUAAAAGGAGAAAGCAUACCGAUCCGAGUAUUCCUGGCCGGAUACGAUCUGACGCUAACGAUGAGGGAAAUCAACAAAAAGUUCUCUGUGCGCUAUUUCCUGAACUUGGUCCUGAUUGAUACCGAAGAUCGGCGGUAUUUCAAACAGCAGGAGAUCACGCUAUGGCGCAAAGCAGACAAAACUAGGAAAUCACUCACGCCAUCGCAGGCGGCCGCAGUUGCCGCCGCUCACGGGCAACCAGGGGCGAAUGUCGUUGGUUCCGGAGCACAGCUGGCACCGCAGGCCAGUGCCACAAACCCUCACAUACCGCACCAUUUGGUGGGACAAACGCCGGUUAUGAAGGAACCACUGCUGGAGGAUAUGAGCAAUAGGAAGCUGGAGGAUAACAAUCCGAUUAUGGGGCUGUUUACGGAGGACAAUUCGCAGUCAGACCUUCGGCCAAAGCCAGCCGUUCGGCAGAGAUCCGAUGAACCCGCUGGUAACGGGGAAGACAACAACGCUAGAAAACCGCUGCCGAGCGAUCUCCCACAGGUGGACCCAACAGAGGAAGACGUUCUGCCCCAAUCGCAGCAGCAUUUGCACCGAGAAGCCGGUGACGGGGCCGCUUCGAUCUCACACACCACCGACGAGGAAACCUCGUCGCUGUUCGACGCCAACGAUUUGAGCUUCAAUGCCAACAGUAAUCCUCCGGCUGGUCCGGCACCGGCUUCCGUAGCCCCCACUGCAGCGACCACGACGACAAACGACGAUAGCUCCUCGAGUCCGAUUGCGAAUGUGGCCCUCGCCGAAUCGAUUCCCGAUGUGUCGGAAUCGAGUCCGACGACGGCACCACCGGUUCCCACAGCAAAGCCGGAAGCUGCUCCACGAGAAUCGAAACAGAAGCAACUGGAGGAAGCAUUGGCGGAGUAAGGAACAACAAUCGCAACCGGCGGCAUGGAAUUCUAUUGCACAGCAUGCAGGUAAAUAUAUGUUAAAAUCUUCAUUAUAUUAGCCUUCAACAAAAUGGACUCGGAAACACCCGACACGUGGUGUUCAGAAUUUGGAUCACCUUUCGGUUCACCACAUUACUUCUUUCUUAGUUAAAGUAUAUGACCGAUAGUGCAGAUAAUAUUUAUUAACAAAUUAAUUCGCGCAUGGGAUAAGCAAACAUGUCAGUACAUCAAGUAAUAAACCAAAUUAUUCGAUUAUAAAAGCAUUUCAAGCUGAAUUCAUUAACCAGUUUCAAAAUCAAGUCUCUCCGAGAAAGCUAUCAAAUCGUAGACAGCACCAAUGUUUAGGGAAAAAUAUUAAAGCAAUUUACCCGACUAAUGAAUAAGAAUGAAAUGAUCAAGCUCCUAUUCCUUUGGGCGAGAAAUUAUUGCGAAUCCUUCCAGGAUCAUUCUCAAAUGCCAGGACUGUGUGUACAUUUAUAAGCAUUAUACAAAUAUCUUAGUCACUUCUUCGGCGGAAAUGUGUGGCCUCUCGAAACUAUGACUGUUCCUUCUUCUGUUCAGUUCGAAACUGAGCGAAAGAAGAUUGGAAUAGCUGGAGAUACAAUUGUUGUAAAGUAAUUCUACUAAACUUAUUAAUUUCUGUUUUCGUAAACUCAUUUGUUCCAUUGCAUUCACAGGAAAAAAAAACAAAGAACAGAAACUCAGACUAACAACAAACAAGAAACUAAGAUAUAAGAUGAAUAAAUAGUGUUGAUAGUGAAAAAGGUAAUACGAGCAAAUUUUAAGUGAAAUAUUUAAUGAAAAAUUAGUAAACACAAACAAAUAAAGCAACAACACAAAACAUGUGGACAAUGGAAUCGAAAGACGUUUGUAAGCAAAAGCAAAAAGUACUCUCAUACAGUGAAGGUAGGUACUUUUCACGGUGAUAAUGCAGACAGUAUCAGAACAAAAAAUCGAGCAUCUGGAUCGCGAAUGAAAAUCAAAUUCGAAUGGCCGAAGUGAGUUAUGCAACGGCAGAAUAUAUUAUAUUGAAGAAAUAAACAAGUUAUGUAUAUCUAAAAACAAGGA